UUCUCAAACCUAGCGGUGGAGGCCUCAUACGGCGUCGUGUGGCAAACGGUUCGUAGAUUUAUUCGCCUCUGUACAUUUGGAUUUCGUUCCUUUCGAGCUCUGAGAUUCUCUCUCUCUCUUUCCUUUGGCUCUUCACUUUGAAAGAGCAGACCCUAAUCAAGCUAUCUGAGCAAGCAAAAGGUAGAAGACGAUGCUGAGAGUUGCGGGUAGGAGGUUAACCUCUCUCUCAUGGAGGUCCACCCAGACAUCAUCGGCCUUCGUCAACAGAAAUCCGAUCAACGGCUCUGAUUCGCCAUCAUCCGAUUCCAGCUGGUCCGCCUCCCAGCUCCCCUACACAUUUUCUGUCUCUUCCCAAUUUCUGGAUCAAAUCAGAGGGUUUUCUUCUGAUUCCCUCGCUGCAGCACACGACAUAGGUCUAGUCCCAGACCUCCCGCCUACUGUGGCAGCUGUCAAGAAUCCCACCCCAAAAAUUGUGUAUGACGAACACAACCAUGAGCGUUAUCCACCUGGUGACCCUAGCAAGCGCGCAUUUGCAUACUUCGUCUUGACUGGCGGCAGGUUUGUGUAUGCCUCCUUGAUCCGUCUCCUGAUACUCAAGUUUGUCCUGAGUAUGUCUGCCAGUAAAGAUGUUCUUGCCCUUGCCUCCCUCGAGGUAGACCUCUCCAGCAUUGAACCAGGGAGCACUGUCACAGUUAAGUGGCGUGGUAAGCCUGUUUUUAUCAGGCGUCGAACUGAGGAUGAUAUCAAGUUGGCUAACAGUGUUGAUCUUGGCUCCCUACGGGACCCACAAGAGGACUCCGCCAGAGUUAAAGACCCGGAGUGGCUCAUUGUUGUUGGCGUCUGUACUCAUUUGGGUUGCAUCCCCUUGCCAAAUGCUGGUGAUUUUGGCGGUUGGUUUUGCCCAUGCCAUGGUUCCCACUACGACAUAUCUGGUAGGAUCCGCAAGGGGCCUGCACCUUACAAUCUGGAGGUACCUACUUACAGCUUUUUGGAGGAUAACAAGCUGAUGAUUGGGUGAGAAUUCAGGAGGGAGUUUCAAGGUGCAGUGGUGCAAGUGUAGGAUCUGAUAUUUCGUUAUUUUCCAAACCUGCACUUCGCAUUUUGAUCCUGUCUUCUUAUGUUUUAUAUUUAGAAUUUAUUUCUUCAUCGAGUUCUGGACAGAGGGUUAUGGGGUUCUGAAUAAUUCAUAUGGCUCUUGUUGAGCAUCUUGUAGUCUUAAUGGUACUUGGAAAAGACAUUUCUGAAUAACUAGACUCAAAACACAUUUUACUAUUAUUGGAUUGUAAGUACAAGCUUAUUGAAUUGUAUUGAAGUGCGUCGUGUCCAUGAUAGUUGGCACGCUGGAUUUUUUUGAAGAAUUGCUGUGCCUCGUGUUUGCACCAAUAUUUAAAGUUUGUUUUGUAAAAGAACACUGGUGGCAUUGUUUAUGGAUCCUAACAGAUCUAUAAUUGCCUUAGUUUUUGCUAGGGUUGCAUUACUCUAUUUGGUGUAGAUCCUGGCGGAAGUAGUCAAAAGUUGAGAUGUAAUGUUGGAUCACGUAUAUUAUAAGAAAAGUUAAAUUUCUUUCUUGGUU